CGCGCUCUCCGCCCCACGGGGAGCCAAGGCGCCAUCUUGUGAAAUACAGCCUCGCCUACAAUGCUUCAUUUAAAUGUCAGUCGAGUUCUUUCGUCUUUGUUGUCUGAGGAUCUGGGGAUUCGUAGCUAUGGACCCAAGCUGAGGUUAUGUUUGGUAUACCAAAUCUGUAUCUUGCAGAAGUCGGAAAGGAGUCGUUCCUCUAAAUGGCGUCUUUCUCCUCCGGUAGCUUCUUCUUACGACAUAUAUGAGGUCAUCGAUAACCAAUCAGCGGGAAGGCACGCUAACAUUGGCUGCCUCUCGGAAAGGGGUUGGCAGUAAGGCGGACGACUUGCCAUUUUGUGAGAUUUACAUCGUAAGAAUUAUCCGGAGAAUGAGAAUCUGGUUCCACGCAUUUGGGAAAAGACAUCUGAAGAAAAAAGGCCAAAUGUCAGAAAACUGGGACCGGUCUCAUCUGUCUUGGAGCAAAUGUAGUGUGGCCCUCGUCAUACAGGGGUUAACCAGGAAGCUUCAGCCUGGCGUUGGCUGGACGUCGAAAUCAUGACAAGUACAAAAUCAGCCUCCAGAAUCAUCAUGUCCAAUGGGUUUCGUGGAUGCACUUAGAUGUCUGCAAUGAGCACUGUGGCUGGCAUGCCCCAGUGUUUUGGACACCAAUGCUUAGGACCCCAUAGGAAUCGAAUUUUUCAGAAGUGCACGUCAUGAGCAUAGCGAUCCCAUCUGGGGCUGGCACAGCAGAAUCGUCACGUGUGGAAAUGGCUGCAGGUUCAGAGCCUGAGUCUGUAGAAGCCAGUCCAGUGGUAGUGGAAAAGUCCAACAGUUACCCUCAUCAGAUCUGCACCAGCACUUCACACCACUCCCACAGCUACAUUGGUUUACCAUAUGCGGACCACAAUUAUGGUGCUCGGCCUCCACCAACUCCCCCUGCCUCCCCCCCUCCUGUGGUUGUAAUCAGCAAAAAUGAUGUUGGCCUCUUCUCAAGCACUGCGCACUUUGAUGAGACGUCCAGCGCUACAACCAUCAGCACCUCAGAAGAUGGUAGCUAUGGCACUGAUGUGACCCGCUGUAUUUGUGGUUUCACGCAUGAUGAUGGAUACAUGAUCUGCUGUGACAAAUGCAGUGUGUGGCAGCACAUUGAUUGCAUGGGCAUUGAUAGGCAGAACAUUCCAGAUACAUAUUUGUGUGAGCGCUGUCAACCAAGGAAUCUGGACAGGGAGCGAGCAGUUCUGCUGCAGACCAGAAAACGGGAGACUAUGUCAGAUGGUGACACCAGUGCAACUGAGAGUGGUGAUGAAGUGCCCAUGGAGCUGUACACAGCAUUCCAACACACACCCACAAGCAUUACCCUCACAGCUGCCCGCUUAGGCAAGGUCAGUGACAAGAAGCGUAAAAAAAGUGGUGACAAGGAAUUGAAUGCAUCUAAAACCAAAAAGGCCUUUCGAGAGGGCUCUCGUAAAUCUUCUCGUGUGAAGGGAUCUGCUCCUGAGGUUGAGCCCAUUGAUCCUUCCAGCUGUCUAUGGGAAAACAAGAUCAAAAGUUGGAUGGACUGUUAUGAGGAAGCCAACAGCAACCAGUACAGUGAGGACGUGCAGAAUCUGAUAGCAAUGGACCUAGGAGAGACUGAUGGCAGCCAUAAGCUGCCAACAACCACCAGCAACCAUUCCAUCUUCAAGCCUCCAGUUGAGAGCCAGCUGCAAAAGAACAAGAGGAUCCUGAAAGCAGCAAAGGAUCUUCCCCCAGACACACUGAUUAUUGAGUACCGUGGGAAGUUCAUGUUACGACAGCAAUUUGAAGCAAACGGUUUCUUUUUUAAGAGGCCAUACCCAUUUGUCUUGUUCUACUCUAAGUUUCAUGGCUUGGAGAUGUGUGUGGACUCACGAACUUUUGGGAAUGAAGCCAGGUUUAUCCGACGCUCCUGCAUGCCAAACUCUGAGGUUCGGCAUGUCGUUGAAGAUAGAACACUCCAUUUGUACAUCUACUCACUUAGGCACAUUCCACGAGGAACAGAGAUUACUAUAGGCUUUGACUUCGACUAUGGUAGCUGCAAGUAUAAAGUGGACUGUGCAUGUCUGAAAGGGAAUCCUGACUGUCCAAUCCUAAAGCACAACACUGAGCCAACUGAGAACCUGGCAAGUGGCUAUGAAACUCGCCGGCGUAAAGUGAAGAAGGAGAAGGAGGUACCCAAAGAAUGCCAGAACCAGAAUGUUGCACUUGAUGCCGAGGCCGCUGGUGCCAAAGUCAAAGUGACUGCUGACAGCAAACAGAGAAAGUUGUCUCCCCUACGGCUGUCUAUCUCAAACAACCAGGAACCUGAAUUAGUUGAUGAGAUAGAAGAGAAACCCCCAGUUAGCAAUGAAGUGGAAAUGGAGUCAGAAGAUCAGAUUGCAGAGAGGAGGAGGAAGAUGACCAGGGAAGAGAGGAAGAUGGAAGCAAUCCUGCAGGCCUUUGCACGCCUGGAGAAGAGAGAAAAGAGGAGGGAGCAGGCACUGGAGCGCAUCAGUACCUCCCGAGGUGAUGGUGGCAAACUGGAGAUCAAAGAGGAAGUUACCACACCUGAGGCAGACUCCCUGCUGCAGGAGCCAAUCAAAGAGGAGAUGAUGACAAUGACGACAGCAGCAGCAGCAGCAGCAGCUGCCUGUAAGCCCACCCCUGCCAAAGUGAGCCGAGCCAAGCAGCGUAAAAGCUUCACUCGGAACCGCACACACAUUGGUCAGCAGCGUCGACGACACCGUACGCUCAGUAGCUGUUCAGACCUGGCACCUGGUUCACCAGGCGAGGGCACUGAAACCCCUAGUGAACAAAAAGAGUUGGAUCCUGUGACCCCACUGCCUGAGCUUGAUUCUGAACUUAGCUGCCAGCCAGAUUUGAGUAACCUGGAUACCCCAAUCACGCCCAACCGAAUGACACCCAAGUAUCCCAAAACAAAAAAGCACUUAGUGAGCGAGUGGUUAAGCGAGAAGCAAGACAAGACUGAGCGGGCAGUGAAGACCCCGGAGCUGCCUCUAGAAAGGCCACUACGCAUUACCACAGAUCCAGAAGUCCUAGCUACGCAGCUCAACUCACUGCCUGGCCUGGCUUAUACCCCUCAUGUCUAUAGCACUCCAAAGCACUAUAUUCGCUUCACUUCGCCCUUCCUGGCAGACCGCACCAGUGUACGUCGAAGAAGAGAUCUAACCAUUUCUAGCACAGGCUCCUGCAAGAAGCGGUGGCUGAAACAGGCCUUAGAAGAAGAGUACUGUCCUGGUCAACUUGGCAAACUUGGAGCAUUGCUACCCAAUGAAGGGCCACCAAGUCCUGCUCUAAAUGGUGAUACCAAUAGCCCCCUGUCUCUAAAUGGCAUCUGCACUUUGGCAGAGUUACCAGCUCCUCUAAAGAAGCGGCGUCUCUGCCCGCUGGACUUGGCGCUGUCUGACAGCUCCACGCCCUGCGUUUCCCCCUAUGCCACCCCAACCCGUGUGGAAAGUGCUGACCCCACUUUGUUCUCCACACCACCCCGUCCCAAGCCAGAGGAUGAACCAGGUCGUAAUGGCUACAAGCAUGUGUAUUCUCCGGUUACGCCAGUCACUCCCUGUCAUCUUUCUUCUUCCCAUUUGGAGGGUGCAACAUCCCCUGACAGCUCACCAGAGACCAAGUCACGGGCAAGUGGACAGGAGGUGGCAGUGUCUACUAAUCGUCUGCCUAGCUUGACUGAGACUGGCCUUCAUGAGAUUAAAACUAUUGGCACUCUGAGCCCUCGGCCGGUUAGGACUGAAAUGGGCCGGACCAGGAAUGUAGCCUUGGAGACAUCGGAGGCUGCCGAGGGGCCAACAAGGCCAGACAGCAUUGAGCCACCUUCUUCUGACUGCCAACCUGUAUCGGAUCAGUCAGAAAGUCUGUUCAGCUGCCCACCCAGGGGCGAUCCCUUCUCUUCUUGGAUGAGAAGCCCAGAGAGGAGUGCCAUCACCUUUUCCCCUGUAAACUCAAACCUGCGAGAUCUGACCCCCUCGCACACUCUGGAGCUGGGAGGUGGCUUUCGUGUGAUUGAGUCUACUGGGACCCCUUAUAAUGAUGGGGGUCUUUAUUACCCCUGCUCUGAAGAGGGCUACAUGCGCAACCUGGGAAGUGACGGAUUGGCUGAUGGAGGGGGUGCACCCCACAAUCCUCCACAGAAGAAGAAGGUAUCUUUACUAGAAUAUCGGAAGCGCCAGCGUGAGGCGCGAAAAAGUGGGUCCAAGCCUGAAAGUUUGUCUCCCGUUUCCAUGUCACCCCGCUCCUUGGUCUCCACUGUGUCUGGUGUGUGCAGCAGCAACAUGGUAGAAAUCUGUGUCUCCACCGAGCCUCAGAUGGAAGUCACUCCUGUACUCCCUCCUGUCCUUAACACCCCUAUGCCGACUGACACCUCAUCUUCUCAGGAUGGCAAAGAUGUCCCCCAGGGAGAGAAGGAAGGCAAUGAGGGACAGUGGAUGUCUUCUACAUCAGUGGAACAGGCAAGAGAGAGAAACUACCAAAGGGCACUGCUAAUGAGUGACCACUGGCGAGAUCGAGAUGGGUCAGAGUCACCACCAUCCAGCCCAGCUUCAUCUGCAUGGCCUGCACUUCAUGUGCAGACUCCACCCUCAUCUCAUUCCAAACCCUUUCCACGCUUGCAGCUGAAGAUGCCAUCUCUGUGUCCAAGUGAGAUAACUGCAGAUGGCCCUGAGGAAGAGAUUGCAGAGCCUGUGCCAGUAAAGGCAUGUUCCUCGCCGAACAGUGCAGAGCGCCAGUGCCGGAGUCCCCCAGCGCAGUGCAAGCCCUACUCUCCUGCUCAGUCUUCCGGGAAGGUUGUGACAAAAUCUGAGCUCCUGACAGAAGGCUCCGAGAGUGUUGGCCAGGUACGGCCCGGCGAUGGACACACCAGAAUGACCUCCGUCCAGUCUGCCAGCAAGCACUGGGAUCUGAAAAUCACCGUCUCCAUAAACCCCUCCAAAAUGCACUGCUCACCUUGCACUGUGUCCUCUCCAAGCCCCUCAACUCCCAUGCAGCCCUCUUUUCCUGUGACCUCUGUGCUGCAUUCUCCAAAACCUCAGCCGCCUCCACUCCUGGGCUCCCCAUACCGCAGCCAGCGAGCAUUCCAUCAGGCUGUAGGUGCCGCUGGGCAGUAUACCCAGUAUGGACAGCAGGCAGCCCCCCCUCCUCCUCCCCCGCCUCCUCCCGCCCCGGUCAGCUCUUCCUACUUUACAACCCCACCCUCUGCAGCCACCACUUUCCCGGGGUAUAGCGCUACGCCAGUGGUGACCACCUUCUCCAGUGGCCCAAAUCAGACCCUUCUGCAGCAGCCGCAGCCGCCAGGUGCAGCUCAAUCCUCACCCUUGUCUGCUCCACCCAACAUUCACCAUGUCCACCAUGGGCAUCACCUUCCACAACCACCCAGUGGGCAUUAUGCACCUAGUCAGAAUGGACCUGCCCCCCCACCACCACCCCCUCCGCCUCCCCCAUCACACAUCCAUUCACAGACUCACCACCUGCCCCCACCCCCUCCUCCCCCCACCCCAUCCCUGCACCAUCAGCACCUCCUAAGCACCACCCCCACACUGCAGCACCAGCAGCAUGUGCUGAACUCUGCGCCCCCGCCACCACCCCCACCCCCACCUCCUCCGCCCCAGCAGCAGCAGCAAGGCUCGACGCUCCUAACUCCACCGCCAGUGCCUCCGGUUAGCACGCUGCAGGCCACACACCCCUACGCUGUGGCACCGGCAGCUGUGGGGGGCUAUUCUGCCCAUGGGCCAGCGCUGCUGCUUCCCUCCCUCCCUGCUGGGCCAGGCACUCAAGGACCAAACUCACUCCCUGUGGCUGUCCCUAGCAGUAGCAGCACCGUCUAUCCAGCACACCAGCAGAGUGUCCUCCCGCCCCCCCGGCCAGCUCCCCCUUUCCAGCAAAGCAGCUACCUGGGCUCGGGCUGGCACUGAGGCACGGGCGUGGCUGGCCCUCCCAUCUUGUAAAUAUUUUCUAUUUAGUGCCCCCAGGUUUCACAUCUUUUAUUUAUUGAUUUGCUCCUUUCUGUUAGUCGGUUGGUCAGUUGGCUAGUUGUCAGCGGACAUUCCACUUGCUCGCCUGCCUUGACCAGCUGACCACCUCACCCUACUUUGUUGCAUUUAGAGGUUCAUUUAGUGAAUGUUUUGUACAAAGAAACUUUUUUAUACUUGUGUAAAUAAUCAAAUCUGUCAACAGACAGCCAGUGUACUUCUUGUGUCCGGCGGGGGCGGCAAUGGUGGUCCCCUGCUGUACAAAUGUAUCUAUAUGUGUAAAUACAACACUGUGCUGGUCA